ACCAUGCAUACCGUGCAAAGUCUAUGCAACUUGAGUUGUGGACACAACAAUGCUUUCUUUGACGUACACAACAGAAGGGGCAAAGUUCAGCUGAAGUCAAAAGCUCCGAAAUUCGCUGGUUCGUAAAAUCUCGAGCUUGUGUCACGGGCGAAUAGUCUCGCCAGAAGUGGUCGCACAAUCCCAGCUCUAGCCUCGGACACGGAAAGUCAACACUGAAUUAGGAUUCAGCUGUGAGAGGAGGCAGCUAUAUAGGUGCUGUAUCUGAAUGGAUGCACACUGCAAGGAAUACUCAACCGUAGACAUACGCAUUGAUGUCGUCAACUCUAAUAUAGAGGAAUAGUGACAACGAUUUCUGAAUUCGGUCUGAAUCUACAGCCAAGCAGUAAACAUGGACGCGGUUAGAGAUCUGCUGGUGACCCGAGUGGGGCAAGUCGGAGCUGGGGCUCUCGCUGUGGCGGGCACGGUAGCAGCCUCAUAUCUUCUGACUGGAGGACCGAGGCCUAUCUCCCCUGUCGUCGACCCCCAAAACCAGACCAUAGACCUAGGUGGCGGGGUGCGAGGGUCUUCCCUGAUGAAAGACUUCAAAGAGAAAAAGCCAGUCGAACGUCUUUCUGACGAAGCUGACACACUACACAAGAUCUUCCUUUGUGGUCUCAAGACGUCACGUCACAGAAAGUGUCUUGGCAGAAGAACGGGACCUAACAAAGAAUAUGAAUUCCUCACAUAUCAACAGGUGUACGACAAGACCCGAGAGUUCGGCUCCGGGUUGAUACAGCUGGGUUUGAAGCCGCACCCAGACACGUUUAUUGGCAUAUACAGUAUAAACAGAAUAGAGUGGGUGGUGACGGAACAGGCAUGCAAUGCCUACUCCAUGGUAACAGUUGCCCUGUACGACACACUGGGACCAAAGGCCUGCCAGUACAUCGUUAACCACAUGGAGUUGACGACGGUGGUGUGUGACACGGCAACGCGGGUUGAGAAGCUCCUCGACAGCGCCGAGACGACACCUUCCCUGAAGACCAUCAUCGUCAUGGAUGACCCAGGCAGUGACGUCAUCAAGCAAGCAGAGGCUCAUGGGAUACAGAUUCUCACAUUCGCCGAAGUCGAGGCACGCGGCAAAGCGAAACUCGAGAUUCCUGUGCCCCCCAAGCCCUCAGAUCUGGCGACAGUUUCAUUCACCAGUGGAACAACAGGAGACCCUAAGGGAGUGAUGUUGACACACGGCAACUUUGCUGCAGAGUUGGCAGGCUUUAUGUACGGAAUUACGAAUAUUCGCGAGUUUUCGCCCGAUGACUGCCACUUGUCUUACCUCCCCUUGGCGCACCUGUUCGAGAGGACAAUUCAAAUGGUCAUGUUUUAUGGCGGCGGGUACAUUGGCUUCUUCUCAGGGGACAUAACACUGUUGAUUAGCGACGUGCAGACUCUAAGACCUACGAUAUUCCCUACGGUGCCCCGACUCCUUAACCGAAUAAGAGACAAGGUGUACGCCAAUGUGAAGAGUAGCGCCAUCAAGUCCUACCUGCUGGACUGGGCACUGUCCAGUAAACUGGUCGAGGUCAGAAGGGGAAUAGUUCGGCGCGACAGUAUAUGGGACAAGUUGGUGUUCGGCAAGAUCCAGGCAAUGCUUGGAGGGCGGGUGGAGUUCCUCAUCACAGGGUCGGCGCCCAUACCCACAGAAACUCUCGACUUCUUCAAGUGUGCUCUUGGCUGCAUGGUCGGCGAGGGGUAUGGUCAAACCGAGGCUGUGUCAGGGGUCACGGGGCAAUAUCCCGGAGAUGUGACAACAGGUCACGUGGGAUCACCGUUCGUGUGUAACCUCGUCAAAUUGGUUGAUGUCCCUGACAUGAAUUAUCUGGCCUCAGACAACAAAGGGGAGGUUUGUGUAUACGGUCCAAAUGUGUCGCCAGGGUAUUACAAGAAUCCGGAGAAAACAGCGGAGGUGAUCGACAAGGACGGAUGGCUACAUACGGGCGAUAUUGGCGAGUGGCUGCCGAAUGGCGCUUUGAAGCUGAUCGACAGAAAGAAGCAUAUCUUUAAAUUAGCACAGGGGGAGUACGUGGCCCCGGAGAAGAUCGAGGCCAUCUAUGUUCGCAGCGAGUUCGUGGCCCAGGUCUUUAUCGAUGGCGACAGCCUGAAGAUGAGCUGCAUGGGCAUUGUGGUUCCCGACGCCGAGGUGAUGGCUCUUUGGGCAGCAAACAAUGGCUUCCCAGCCGACAUGGAACAGCUUUGUAAAUCCGAGCAAGUGAAAGAUAUCAUCCUCAAAGACAUGCUGGAACAGGGAAAGAAGGCCGGAUUCAAAGGCUUCGAACAGGUGAAGGACAUCCAACUCCAAGCUGAACUCUUCUCCGUUGAGAACGGCCUCCUGACGCCCACAUUCAAGUCCAAGCGGCCUCAGCUGAGGCUAAAGUUUAAACCUGUGAUGGCGGAACUCUACGAGAAGAACAACAUGUAACAAUAUAGCAGCGCAUGCGUGUUGGCAAUACUGCUGGAUUUACGACUAUUGUCGUUACUGCCUUGUGACACACCAACACAAUUGCAAAACAACUUAAUAUACUGAUAGAAAGAAAUAAGGGCACGGUGAGGGAUAGCAUGUGUUGGAGGGGCGUCCCGUGUGUACGCCAAAAUGAUAUUUUAAAUGAGAAGCAUUUGUUUAGCACAGAAGUUGAUAUUAUUCUGCAACAUUCAUCCAUCUUCCCGAGGCAAGAGUUAAAUGACUUUAAAAGUUCAGUUACCACCCUUGCCGAACUGGACUGGUAUUAUGGAGUUAGAAUUUGGCUGGACGAACGAGUCUUUGCAUAGUCCAAUCAAAA